AUGUCGCGACCUUUCAAGAGUUUUAAGAAAGUUGUAUUUGGGAAGAAAGGUAACUUUUGACGUAUUUAAUUAAUUGAAUAGGUUCUGAUUAUGAGUGUUUUAACUUGAAUAUUUAUUAUCUUUUUCAGGGGAUGUUGAGGCGGAGAAGGACGAUCAACAGGCGGCUAGAACAGAGGGAGGGCCAAGAACUCGUGUACAAUCCGAUCAGAAGAAGAAUGACUCUACUGAGGCGGCUAAAACUGUAAGUCUAUUAUUAGGUUGUCUUAAAAAUAGUGGGGCACUUUUCAUCGGAUAACUGCUCAAUUUUUUAAAAAACUUGUGCAACAUUCUUUUUAAUGAUGUACCAAUGUUUGAAGAGUUAUACGGCGAAUCGACUGGUAGAAAAAUUAUGUCUAUUAAAUCAGUUUGUAGUAGGCUUUUGUACCGUUUUUAGAAGGUGAGUAGCUACAUUAAAAUUCAAUCUUUAGGAUGAUUCCGGGAGAAUAUCGUUUAAAGAUUUGGAGGAGCCGAAGACAAGAAAGACGAAGGAGAAGAAUUCAAAAUCUACACAUAAAUCACACAACAAGGUAAUUUUAGAAACUUUACGGUCUUCAUCAAAGUACUAAAUCGCGUUUUCCGGUUAAUCUCGAGAAAACUGAGAUUAAAAAAAUUACGUUUUGAAUUUUAGGCCAAGUUGGCAUUGUGUUUCAAGCUUAUAACUUUGCCAUUUUUUGACUUUUAGGAAUUUUUCGUUAAAAUACUAGUAGAAUACCUAUAAAUGAACCUACAUUUUAAAUUUCUGAGUGUAGCUUGUCUGGAAAGUCGAAAAAAGUGCUUGACACAAUGCCAAACUGGCGGGAAACCGAAAUAAUUAAAAUUUUUUAGAAAUUUUUUAUGGGUGCUAUUAGUAGUACAAGGAAUUGAUAUAAAAAUUUGCUACUUUCUUUGUUAGUUAUCUUUUUAAGCGGAGUCCUAUUAACGAAUUUUGACUUUUCAGACUUCAUCGACACAUGUUAACAUCAAGUCCGGCAACAAGAAGACCAUUGAGAAACGGACAAUAAAGAACAAUGGAAACUACUUUGAGGGAGGAAUUUCGGUAGGUUAUGGUAAAAGGUAG